CUAAAGAUCCAGGAAACCGGCGCAGUCAAAUAAAAGUUCCACGGUAGCCAACCUGCAUCGACACUACCUUACUAUCCCGCCGAUUUUUACCGAGUCCUUGCUAGCUCCCACUUCUCUGCAUCCUCUGCAUCUGACCUGAUCGCGAACGAUACGCUACUUUUUUUUCUACGGAGCGGAGAGAGCUAACCUUUCACGAUGGCCCCGAACAAUAGUAAAACUGCCGUUGCCGAGUGCAUCUCGGACGACGCCCUCAUCCACCUAAAAUCCUACAAAUACUCCGCUGUCGACAAGUCGCCGGUAUCGAAUUAUAUCCUUCGUCCAUACUGGAAUGCCUUCGUCGAGCUUCUGCCGUUAUGGCUAGCUCCCAACAUGGUGACCCUGAUAGGGUUCUGCUUUAUUCUAGUAAAUAUCGCUUUACUGGUCAUAGUUAUGCCAGAUUUAGUCGGACCGGGCCCGUCAUGGCUGUACCUUAGCUUUGCUUUCGGCCUUUUUAUGUACCAGACCAUGGACAACAUCGAUGGAAAGCAGGCGAGACGGACAGGUACCUCGAGCGGCCUGGGCGAGUUAUUCGACCACGGCAUCGACUCCCUGAACUGCACACUCGGUAGCUUGUUGGAGACGGCCGCGAUGGCGUUGGGAACUUCGAAGUCCGGUGUCUUCACCGCUCUAUGUCCUUGCCUACCUAUGUUCUUUUCAACUUGGGAAACAUACCAUACGCACACGCUAUACCUAGGUUACGUCAACGGCCCCACCGAAGGCCUCCUGAUCGCGUGCAGUUUGAUGGCGAUUUCCGGCAUCUACGGACCCGGUAUCUGGACAGAGCGCAUUGUGGAUAUCGUAGGAAAGAACUACCUCUUCGGCUACGAUGAGCUCGUAGGCGACCACUCGAUCCGGGACAUCUGGAUCCUCAUAAUCGUCGGAUCUCUAGUCUUCGGCCACAUGCCAUUCUGCGUCCUCAACGUCGUCAAGGCGCGCCGACGGAACAAGCUCCCCGUGCUCCCCGUCUUCCUCGAAUGGAUCCCCAUGGGCGUCUACACCUUCUCGAUCGGCGCAUGGCUGUACUCCCCGCACUCGACCCUGAUGCGCGAGAACCACCUCGUGCUCUUCUGCCUAACCAUGUCCCUCGUCUUCGGGCGCAUGACAACAAAGAUGAUCCUCGCACACCUAACACGCCAGCCCUUCCCGUACUGGACCGUGAUGCUCGUGCCCCUCGUCGGCGGCGCCGUCAUCGGCAACCUGCCGCGCUUCGGCCUCCCCGCCAUCACCGCCGACCUCGAGCACUACUACCUCUGGGCGUACUUCGUCUUCGCCUUCGUCGUCUACUCCCGCUGGGCCUACCUCGUCACAACCAGCAUCUGCAACUUCCUCGGCAUAAACUGCCUCACCAUCCCCCUCGACAAACAGCUCGAGAAUAAACGCAAGCUAGGCCUGCUUAAUGGAGAUGGCGCGAAUGGGAAGAAGUCUCAGUAGGCUAGAUGUGUGUGCGUGUGCGUGUGCGUGCGGAGAUAUGCUUCGUUGUACGAUUCUGGAAAUACACGAUCCCCCUUUUACUUACAGGGACCCCCCCUCACAAAAAAACGCGGCCCUUCUGUAUUCAUGGAUACACACAUGGCUAAACCAGUCGGGAGGUUUUUUUUGGGAGCCCUUUUUUACGUUG